AUGUCCAAUGUUCUUGCUGUUGCAACAUUCUUUCGAACAUCUCCUCGCAGGACAAAACUACUUCAUAAGGUUUGCUUUAUGUUAUUUUUUGUGCAUUUAAUUAAUAUACACUAUUUUCCAAAUCUUCUUUUUACUGCAUGGUUGAUUUUGUACGUUGAUUAUUGAUACUGUUUUCUAUCAUAGUAUUUAAAUCUGCUCUUUGUUCCAUUCAAUUUUCUGAAUAGGUUGAAGAAAAGUGCCUUUCCUUUCCCAAACAUUUUGAUGUCAGACUUGCUGAGCACACAAGAAAUCUACUGAAUGCUGUACUGCAUAACUUGGAUGCUGCAAGAAGAGUUUGGCAGGAUAUGGUAGAUGGCACAAUAGAGAGCAAUAGUAAGGAAAAGCAAAUGGCUAAAGGCUUCAUUGAAAAGUGGUAUAAGGGAUCAAGACAGGUAGAGUACUCAGUACGGUCAGAGUGUCAGCACACUCAACUGGGCAGCAAUUUGUGAAAGAGUGACUAGGCAUAAAAAUACUUUCAGAUUUCAGAAUGCUUGUGGGAUACGGCAAUGGUUGUUACAUGCAUAAUUAAUUUCAAUUAGAAAAUAAACUUUUGAACGCCUUUAGAGUACGAUUACAAAGACUUGCUUGUUAAAGUGCUUUGUUUUUUCUUUGUACUCUUUAGGUAUGGCUCACAGCUGUCAUGUUUGAUCUCUGCACAAUCUUUGAGACAUUACAGAAGUUGUUUCAGAAAUCAAACUUGAUUCUUCCAGAUGUGUUAACAGCAAAAGAUUCUGCUACGCAGAACUUGAAGAUUAUGAAUGACAUACCAGUUCCAGGUGGGAAAGAGGAGCAGAAUUUGGAGUUGCACGAUAAUGAGCAAGGUAGACCUGUGAGACGAACCAGUACAGCACAUCAGUUUGUGACAAGCCAAAACAGGAAUAGCAAUGCUAUAAGGAAUGAAAUUGUGCAGUCCGCCAUCAAUUUUCUUGGGCAACGUAUGAACACAGAAAAUGAUGGCACAGUUGAGAGUUUGAUGAGUAUUCUAGAAGCAUCUUCAUCUAAGGACUUAAUUUUGGCCAGUAGAAAUCUUGUUUCUUCGAUUCUUGGACCAAGCUGCCUGUCAGAUUUUGUCAGUGAUGUUUGCAAGUCAUGGAACAACCUGGCCAAAAUUGAGCAUGUUGAGGUGGAAGACACUGGAACUAUGUAUGCUCUUCGCCUUAGGAAGAUGAUACAGGCAAGUACUGGUUUACUUAAGAAAUUCCAAGCAUCUUUUCUUACCCUUGUCCCUCACAGCAUGGCAACUGAACGAGUUGUUUCUCAUUAUAACAAUGUGAAGACAUCGGGCAGGUCUUCGCUUAAUCCUGAGACAAUAAAUGGUAUAUUGCAUAUUUCUCUGAAUGGAAAGGGUGCAUCCUUUUUUGACCCAAGACCAGUGGUAUCAGAGUUCUUAACUUCGAAAGAAAGAAGAAACCGAAAGCCGUGUGAAGAACUGUACAAACAAAGGGAAUUUGUGAAACAUUUCUUCAAGCAAGAAUCCGGAUGUCUGUGA